GCUGACCUGGAAACCUGUUGUACACAGUCGCGACCGCAUGCUGUUCGUUUUUGGCCCGGCGCAAGAGACAGCUGCUGCCUCUCGUAACACCUGCAGUGUGCCGUGCUGUGAGGUACGCACCACGGCCUCGACGUGUGCUUGUGACGUAGUGGAGGAGUAUGGAGAGUGGGGACUCGGGAGCCCGGAGCCCAUUUCGCCGGCAGACUGUACUACUGGCGGCGUCUGCCUCUUGCGUCACUCAGUGAGUCCUCGCCAUGCUGUGCUGUUGUCCACGCUUGUUGCUGCUGGCUGCCUGCGCCUUGCUGCUGCGGCGGACCCCCUGCGCACACGCCUCGCCCAGCAGCGGAGUGGAGCUUCGCUUCGGCGGGUACCCCGGCCUGGCGUGCGCCGACGGCCGCUACCCAGUGGCCCUCGACAACGCUCGCCGAAUGCUGGUCGCACUGUUGGUGGUCGGCGCAGACGACAGGAUUCACAGAACCUUCGGCUGUUUCUUCGAGGGAGAUAUCCGCCAGCUGCAGGCCAUGGCAGCCGAACAUGGCUUCCGCUUCAUUAGCCUUCUACCGGCCUCAGUGAGUCUGGCAAUCCCCGAGGCGGACUGCGUGGUGCCUCGGUCGGGGCUGCCCAGCGACGUGUUCGACGUGCAGAUGAACCUACUGGGUGCGGCGGCCCCCGCCGCCCCUGCCGGUUGUCUGAUGUACAGCUCUGCCAAGGUGGGGCUCGUUUCCAGGGACGCCACCAAUUCCACCGACAGCGACGCCGCAACUGAUGAUCCACCUGCUGAUGGGGCGCUGCUUCUCAGGUUCCAGCGAGUGUCCUUUCCGGCGCUGGAGUGCCGGUUUCGCGCGCAGACGCAGCCUGACGUCAUCCUGCGCGGCCUCGUCCAACCACCGGACGACCACUUCACUUGCCGCUUCCGCUACCGCAUCAAAGGUCAGGUGUUGGGCGCCCUGCUGCGCUACCUUUCGGCGGCCUACAUGCUUCCCUUGGACACGCCACCUGCGAGCCUACCGAUGCUGACGCUGCGACCAUUCGCGUGCGGCGCCGGUGCCGGUGACGACGCGGACGUCGACUUCCUGGUGACGGGGCCCAGAGGCCGCUCGGCGGGCUGCAAGUUCUCCUCUGGUGACCACCAAAGCUCCGGCUGAUCCUGUGUCUGGCAUCACCGUAAUCGCUCAGACUGUGACUACAGGCUGCGUUCUUCUUGCACUGUCUUGAAAGAAACUGACAGUGUAAAUUCCGUACAUCGAGACUCAUUAAUUUAUUUACAAACUCGUUUCACGUGGAGGAUCAUUCUUUGUUUAUGAAAGUGCCACUAAUUAUAUGCGAAUGGUACCACAACCACAAGUGGGCGAUUUUCAUAAAAAAAAUACUUACUAUUUACCGCUGCUGUGAUAGAACACUUCUUGUAAACACUGCUGCAUAGCUUGUGUAUUUAAAGAACAAAAUCACAAAACCCGUAAAAUCUGAUGUAGUAUGUAUUUAUUUCUCUACAACCAGUUUAGAUCAAGUGACUAUGCACAGGUCACCUGUAUAGGAAGAGAAACAUGUAAGAAAUAGUAUACAGUGCGUCAAAAUAAUUAAUAUUAACUGUUCUCCGUAGCAGAUACGAAUACCAUAACAUCGGUUAAAAGGAUAUUCCUUGGUGUCACGUACAUAUGUAAUUGUCAGUUGCAACAUCUAAAUGAAAUAGUUAAAAAUACGAUAUAUGUAAAGACUUUAAAAACAUAGUAUACGUAUGUAUACACGUUGUAGAUACAAAUGUAACUCGAGUAUUUUAAUAUUUUGUGUACUACUUUAUUUUUUAUCUAGUAUGUGAUAUGUUUUAUGUCUUUAUUCUUACUUCUAUUUUGUGACGAAGAUAUCUAAAAAAUA